CUCACCUCUGCCUCCUGAUCCUCCCACCUCAGCUUCCCCGAGUAUCUGGAACUACAGGUGUGUGCCACCAUGCUUGCCUAAUUGUUUUUGUGCUUUCUGUAGAGAUGAGCUUUUGCCAUGUUGCCUGGGCUGCUCUCAAAUUCCUAGGCUUAAGUGAUCUGCCUGCCUCAGCCUCUUAAAGUGCUGGGACUACAGAGGUCAGCCACCGUAUCAGCCCUAGUUAACACUUCAAUCAAUUUGAAUUUAAAUAGGCACACCUGCCUAGUAGCUACUGUGUUGGAAAGCACAGCCUUCCGGGGUUCUGGUACAUCUGCCAAGGCCAGAAAAGGUAUGUUGUGAUGGAUAGUGCUUCAUCUGCCACAGGGUAGUAAUCUGAUACAGGCCGGCUCAGAUGACACCACCCAAAGAAAUCUCAUCAAUGUGCCCCUCUGGCAAGCCUGACAAGGCUGACUUCUUUCGAUGGGACCCUCCAAUCUCCCCAUUCCCUGCAAGCAGCUGUGCUGUCUAGGAAGAUAAUUUGCUAUCAGACCAGUCUGUAUGUGCGUCUUCAGAGGAGACACUGUCUCCUUAUCCCAGCAGUUUUCAGCUUUUUGUUUCUGGUUGCAAACGAUUGACUCUGCUGAUUGCUGGAAGUGACUCCCCACCCUCCCGGGUUACCCCACCAGUGAAAACACAGGCAGGGGCGGCCUGGCUUCCUUUCUGGUGAUGUUACUGGGGAGCUGCCUGCUCAGAACCCACAUAAAGCCUGCCCCUCAUCCCAGGCAGAGAGCAACCCAGCUCUUUCCCCAGACACUGAGAGCUGGUGGGGCCUGCUGUCCCCAGGAGACCUUCACCACCCUCCACGGAGCAGGCUUGCCUCUGACCCACCAUGACACCCACAGGCUUCACAAGCCCUGUUCCUAACAUGUCUGAUGACUAUGGCUAUGAAUCCACAUCUUCUGUGGAAGACUACAUCAACUUCAACUUCACUGACUUCUACUGCGAGAAAAACAACGUCAGGCAGUUUGCGAGCCAUUUCCUCCCACCCCUGUACUGGCUUGUGUUCAUUGUGGGUGCUUUGGGCAACAGUCUGGUCAUCCUUGUCUACUGGUACUGCACAAGAGUGAAGACCAUGACUGACAUGUUCCUUUUGAAUUUAGCCAUUGCUGACCUCCUCUUUCUUGUCACUCUUCCCUUCUGGGCCAUUGCCGCUGCUGACCAGUGGAAAUUCCAGACCUUCAUGUGCAAGGUGGUCAACAGCAUGUACAAGAUGAACUUCUACAGCUGCGUAUUGCUGAUUAUGUGCAUCAGUGUGGACAGGUACAUCGCCAUUGCCCAGGCCAUGAGAGCACAGACCUGGAGGCAGAAAAGGCUUCUGUACAGCAAAAUGGUUUGCUUUAUCAUCUGGGUAUUGGCAGCUGCGCUCUGCAUCCCAGAACUCUUAUACAGCCAAAUCGAGAGGGAGUCCGGCAUUGCUGUCUGCACUAUGGUUUACCCUAGGGACGAAAGCACCAAACUGAAGUCAGCUGUCUUGACCCUGAAGGUCAUUCUGGGGUUCUUCCUUCCCUUUGUGGUCAUGGCUUGCUGCUACACCAUCAUCAUUCACACCCUGAUACAGGCCAAGAAGUCGUCCAAGCACAAGGCCCUAAAAGUGACCAUCACUGUCCUGACCGUCUUUGUCUUGUCUCAGUUUCCCUACAACUGCAUUUUGUUGGUGCAGACCAUUGACGCCUAUGCCAUGUUCAUCUCCAACUGUGCCGUUUCCACCAACAUUGACAUCUGCUUCCAGGUCACCCAGACCAUUGCCUUCUUCCACAGUUGCCUGAACCCAGUUCUCUACGUUUUUGUAGGUGAGAGAUUCCGCCGGGAUCUUGUGAAAACCCUGAAGAACUUGGGUUGCAUCAGCCAGGCCCAGUGGGUUUCAUUUACAAGGAGAGAGGGAAGCUUGAAGCUGUCAUCUAUGUUGUUGGAGACAACCUCAGGAGCACUCUCCCUCUGAGGGGUCUUCUCUGAGGUGCAUGGUUCUUAUGGGAGAAAUGAGAAAUACGGAAACAGUUUCCCCACUGAUGGGACCAGAGAGAAACCACAGGAGAAAAAGGAAGUGAGAGAAAAAGAAAACUCAGAAAGGCAUGAAUUUGAAUAUGAUUACUUUUAGUCAGCAUUUCCCAAAGCAAGUAUUUCAAAGUCGAGUGACUAGUCCAAGAGGCUGUUGAUUGGCUCUUGACUGUGAUGCCUACAAUUCUCAAAGGACCAGCCCUGUGGACCACCCUGGUUUUGCCACUCGCCAGAGUGUCAGUGCCGCUGCCUCUGGAGGAGCCCAUGGAUUUGCUCCAUGCACUGUGAACUUCUGUGGCUUUCAGUUCUCAUGCUACCCCUUCCAAAAGGCGCCACAGAAGCACUGGUUGCUGCUACAGACCACAAAAGCAGAUUUCAUGAAAAUGUCCAUCUUUGGGAAAUUUUCUACCCUGCUUUUCAGCCUGAUAACCCAUGCUAGGUCUUGCAGAUUCUCGAUCUAGAACCUUCCCAGGCAAUCUCAGAUCUGAUUCCCUUCUGUUCUUGUUCCAUUCCCGGCCAGUGAACGUCCUUGUUCUGAUUGCAAAAUGAUCCACAGAUCAGUAAACCCCUGGACAACUGGCCACACCCACAAGACACCCAGAAUCUGUUGGCUUCCAAGCCAUUUCUGCGUCCUGCUGGAGGUUCUGACCUAGACGAGGAUUCCGUUUAUUCCUGGGUAUGGUGACUGUCCCUCCAUGGCCUGAGCAGGGAGGUUAACAGCUGGGUUCACAGGAGCCAGCCUUGGCCCUGUUGUAUAGGCUUGUUAUGUUGAGUGGCACUUGCUUCGGGUCCACCGUCUGCUCCCUAGAAAAUGGGCUGGUUCUCUUGGCCCUCUUCUUUCUGAGGCUGCUGGAAGGCGAUUUACUUCCAUGCUUCUCCUUUUCUUACUCUCUAGUGGCAACAUUUUAAAAGCAUUAAUAACUUAGAAAUUAGGCUGAAAAAAUAAGUAAUACAAUUCACCUUUGCAUCUUUUGAGUCUUUCUUUUCAGGAUUUGGCAAAAUGUAUCACCUUUGAAAAUAUGUCACAUAUUGGAAAAGUGCUUUUAAUGUGUAUAUGAAAUAUCAAUUACUUGUCACCUUCUUUACCCACCUCAGUAUUUUAAGUGCAUGUAAUUAAAGAUCAAAUAGACAUAUGAAGAGUGUGAAGGCUGGUCUGGAGGUUGUGAGUUAUCUCCAUCGAUUGUUCACGGUCAGUUACACAUUGAACUCCUUGUUCUACUUUCCCCCCUUCUCUCUACUACACUUGACUAGUCUUUAAAAAACGUGUGACGAGUAAGCAACUGGGAUAAGGAAAUAAGAUCUCCAAGUACCUUAAAACCACCAUGGCUGAU